AUGGCUGAUGGAAACUACACAAGGAUCACAGAAUUCAUUUUCGUAGGCUUAAAGUAUGAUCCUCGGCUGCAGGUCUUCCUUUUCUUACUCUUCCUGCUUUUUUACCUCAUUACCAUGACAGGGAACGUGGGCAUGAUUAUUCUCAUCCAGCUGGACUCCCGCCUUCACACACCCAUGUACUAUUUUCUCAGCCACCUGUCUUUUGUGGAUGUCUGCUUUUCAUCGGUGGUGGGUCCCAAGAUGCUCAGUGACUUUUUUGCUGAAAGGAAAGCCAUUUCUUUCCUGGGAUGUGCCCUGCAGCAGUGGUUCUUUGGUUUCUUUGUGGCCAUUGAGUGCCUUCUCCUGGCGUCCAUGGCCUACGACCGCUACGUGGCCAUCUGUAACCCACUGUUGUAUUCAGUCGCCAUGUCCCAGAGGCUCUGCAUACAGCUGGUGGCUGCACCAUACGCGGUUGGUUUCCUAAACACCAUGACUCACACAACGGCUGCUUUUCGACUUCCCUUUUGUCGCUCCAACAUUAUCAAUCAUUUCUUCUGUGACAUGUCUCCCCUUCUUUCUCUCGUGUGUGCUGACACCCGGAUCAAUAAGUUGCUAGUUUUCAUUGUGGCUGGAGCUGUACUCGUUGUGAGCAGCCUGACCAUCGUCAUCUCUUAUUUUUACAUCCUAACUGCCAUCCUGAGGAUCCGCUCCGCUGACGGGCGGCGUAAAGCCUUUUCUACCUGCUCGUCGCACCUCACGGCUGUCUCCAUCUUGUAUGGGACUCUCUUCUUUAUCUAUGUGCGGCCAGGGGCAAUUUUUUCUCUGGACCUCAAUAAAGUGGUGUCCGUGUUCUACACAGCAGUGAUCCCCAUGUUGAAUCCUCUCAUCUACAGCUUGAGAAAUAAAGAAGUCAAAGCUGCUAUGGGUAGGAUAGUCACAAAGAUGAAGUUUUUCAUCAUAAAUUAA